CAAGGAAACGAGUGUUUUGCAUUAUAAAUUUUACAAAUAUUAGAUUAAAUUAAAUAAUAAAAUGCAAUAACACAUCAUGUAGACACUAAACGACGUAUGUCCCAUAAUAAUCUGGUAGAUACAGUGGAAGGUCUACUAAAACCAAUAGUAGAUUGGACCAUAUCAGUUAUUUACAUGAUAAGCCGAUAUUAAGAGAAAUGGAUACUACAAAGAGGCAUGCCACCGCUGCCCAAGUGACAGCACUGAUGGACUACAUGCAAGAACAUUCAGAAGUGGCCAAGGGCAUGAGUUCAGGACUUGAGCGGGAAGACAUAGAGGCUCAGUGGCGAGACCUCACUUCAAUGCUCAACUCUAUGGGCGGCGCUGUUAAAUCUACGGAAAAAUGGAAACAGACAUGGAGAGACCUGAAAUCAAACACAAAGAAGCGGGCCCUGAAACAGCAGCAGUCCUUGUGUGAUACUAGUGUAGGACCUAGUUCAGAUAAUUUACAUGCUGAUGGUCAGAACAGUGAUGGUGAUUACAUGCCUCCAAAGAAAAGAUUUGCUUCAUUUGAUGAGGAAAUUCUGAGGAUAGAAAGAGAUAAGUUGGAAGUGGAAAGGGAAUAUAAGGUCCAGAAGAUAGAAGUCCUUUCAAGGAUAGCCAGCGCGUUAGAAGAAUUAGCUAGGAAGAAAUGAGUUCAACCAGCUGCAUCGUGAUUUGGAAAAUGUUAGUAUUGUUGCACACAAUAUUAGAUAUGAAGGCCUUUUUAUUAGGUCUACAAUUUUAAAGUGCUGAGAAUAAAAGCACUUGUAUAAAUAUUCUAUUAAAAAGACCAAAACUUGAUGUGUUCUGUAAUUUAACCUUUUCGCCGCCACAUCAAUGAAGUAAUAAAGUGUCAUAAACGCCAAGCCACAAUUUGCACGUAAACAACCCAGAUAAUGUUUGGAUCCCCAGUUACAAAAUAAUCUUAAGUUUCAAAAGCUCUCCUCCCACAUCGGCGUUCACAGGGAAAGCAAUAGCAAUCAUUGAAGCUGUCUCAUUCGUUCAGUCUCACAAAAUUCCGAAAGCAAUCAUAUUUUGUGACUCCCUUAGCUGCCUUCAAGAUUUACAUAAGUUUCCACUUCGCUCUAGGGAUAAUCUUUAUAUCACCCUUAAGACUAGACAAUUCCUUUACCAAUGUUCUUUACUUAGGUUAGAAGUGGUUCUUGCCUGGAUCCCUAGUCAUAGUGACAUUGAUGGUAAUAGCCAGGCAGAUACCUGUGCUAAACAGGCGAUUGAAAUUGGUUGCUCUUUCUCUCACCCCAAGUGCUAUAUGCAGGACCUUCGUAACUCUGCGAAAGCAGAUCUUGUCAGACAGUGGGCUGAAGAGUGGCAUAUUACUAGCCUAUCUACUGGCUACCACUAUUACAGUAUUCAACCUGAUAUCCUUGUCAGACCUUGGUUUCUCAAAUUCCAUAAGAUUCACAAAUCGGUCACCUCUAUUAUUCGUCUCCGACUCGGUCUCAAUUCUUCUCCUGCUUGGCGGGCUAAAAUAUACUAGAUCAUUCUUUAUGUGAAUGUGGCCUUGAGGAGGGCACCCCUGACCACAUUUUCUUUAACUAUCCCAAUACUCAUGCCAGUUUGUAUAAUUUUCUUCCUGACUAUAUCCAAGUUAUCCAACGUCCUAUUAAUAUAAAUCAUAUCCGUACUUUGGUUAGCACUCCCUUUGUUUAUGUUCUUGCUAAGUUUAUGAAAGAUUUUAAUAUCAAACUCUAACUCCUUUCAAACUCUUUUUCCUGUUUGUAUACUCAAACUGUCCCCAUUUGAACAAAAUAUAUAUAUUGGCAGCUAACUCAUUUCUUUCUAUUGGUUUAUGUAGGCCCCCCUUUUUUGAUCUCUAUUUAGAAGUUUAUAUUUUCUGAACCGAUCAAGCAUCUACAAUUCUACAAGGACUGGAUCGAGACCUGCAACCGAACUUCAGCAUUCCCACAACCUUGACGCUGGCAAAAUUGUCCCUAUGGACAGAUGCCAUAAGAACUAAAAACUGAAGUGAACUGAACCCGUAUAACAGUGGCGUGUGGGGCACUAAAUGUACUGAUACUGACUUUAUGUCAAGUAUCAAGAUAAUGAUGGCGAAAAGGUUAAAGCAAAGAGAAUUCAUGGUAUUAGAGAAUAGUCAAAAAAAACGUGCCCCUUAGUUUGACAGCUAAAACCGAUGGCGCUGUACUACGCUGUUUUGCGAUCACUGAAUUGUCAAACGUCAACUUUUGACAGUAUGUAUGUAUGUAUGUAUAUACUUUAUUGUACAUAGAAAUAAAAACACAGUUACAGAGUAAAUUAAAUACAACAAAGCGAACUUAUCCCUGUAUGGGAUCUCUUCCAGUUAACCUUUGAGGAAAUGAGUAAAACAGAAGUAACGGUGAAUGAAUGACAAACACAAACAAAAGUGUACAAUCACUGAAAUUAAUAAAAAAAAUAUAAUUAAUUAUAUUAAUAAUUAAUUAAAUUAAUGAGUCAGAGUUAUCGCAAAAUUAUGGAGGGUAGAGGUAAAGGAGAAUAAUCUAUGUGUAUGAAAAGUGACCAUCAAUAAACCUUAAAUAGGUGGCGCCACAAUUCAUCUCGAGCACAUUUUUGACUUUGAUAAAAAAAUACAAAUCACUGACAGCGCACUUCACUCCGUCAAUAACGUCUAAGUUCAUGUCAUGUCCUUGCGCUACCCUAGCGCCACCGGAGAGAUUUCGAACUAUUAUUUACAUCUGCCAGCUGGACACUAGCAACAGUUCUCCCAUAAGAGAUUGUUCUCCUUACCUCUACCCUCCAUACGCAAAAUGUAUGGAGCUGUACAGCGCCAUCUCGUUUACCUGUCAAAUUCGAAGCACAAAAUUGUCUUAGAUUUUACACGUCUUAAUAAAAUGUACCUCUGGUUGAGGUGUAAGGUCACUAUGGGUAACACUCACUUGUAUUGACCGUAUGUAGAUGUGACAACCACGCUAAUAUCUAAGUUAAAUAGAGGAAAUUGUUAUCAAUACAAAAAGUGACGUGUGUGUACACGUCACUUUUUUAUUGAUAUGGUUAUGUCAGAAAAGAUAAUAGGAAUUUUAUCUAUAAUUUUAGUAAGUGUAUGUUUUGUCUGUUUUGGUUGACUAUGGGCUGGUUGAAGGUUUAUCAGUGUAAGUGUGAGGCCUGAGUGGACGCUCGAAGCGGAGCGUUCGGCGGGGCGUGCAGCGUGGCGUCGGGCUCACAAGUGAUUUGAGCAGCGUGCACUAAGGCCGCUCCUAUACGUUUGCAUUUGUUAAACAUGCAGGCCGCACGCUCCGCUCCGCUGCACGCCCAACUUGAGUGUCCACUCAGGCCUUGCACUAAGUGUAUAUUUAUUUUUGUUAUAUUAUUAUACUCGAUAAGUAGGUUAUAUUUUAAAUUAUUGAACUAGACUUUGUACCAUACUAAGCAAAAUUUUAUUAGAAAGCGACGAUGGCAUAACAUUAAUUCAUAAGGCCGCGGACUGGACGCACGCGGCACGCGGCCACCACUGUCGUCCAAAACAGGUUCAUUCAAGUCUAUACAUUUUGAUCGUGCCGUGCGCGCGAACCACCACUCGCGCAGCUCAUAUCGCCUGGUUCCUUGUACUCAGUACAAUAAAAUAUAAUAUGAUUAUGAUUAUGAUUUAUGAUUAUGAUAGUGCAAUACCCCGUAACUAAUAAAUACAAUAAAGUCCAACUUCCUUGAA